AUGUUGAUUUUCCGGAUCGUCGCAAUCAUCCUGGCAAUAUUGCAAAAAUGCCAAGGAGAGCCGAGCCCGACCACCCAGGCAGCUCAGGAAGUCUCUGACGAGCUCCUCCUCUUCAGCGACCUCUUCGGGAAGUACAACAGGCACGUCCGCCCGGUCUCGCACCACCAGGAGAUUACCAACGUGUCCCUCAAAAUCGGGCUCUUCUCUAUUCUCAAUCUGGACACUCGCGGCCAGACCCUUUAUCUGAACACGGAGAUGAUCAUGGAAUGGCACGACCACUACCUCGAAUGGGAGCCGGACCUCUACAACGGGACGAAUGUCAUAAGAGUGCCAUAUCAUGAAAUCUGGUACCCCGACGUCAUCCUGUACAAUACGUGA